GUGUUUUAGAUGGAUAUAUACUCGCUUCCGCCGGCCGGCCGGACGGACGCCGGCGACAUGAUUAGUUCACGAGAAAAUAGGCAAGCAAGGCGCCGGAGAAGAUGAGUGUAUCAAGCUGACGUCCCAACUUGGGAUCGUUCCAGGGAAGAAGAGUGGAAUGCGGCCCAGUACUUCCGCUCUUCUUCCCCUUAUUCCCGCCUUUCGGAUGAGCGCCAAUGGCACCGGCACCGCCGCCGCCCUCACCCUCCCCACCGCCUCCGCCGCCAACCUCACCGUGCCCACCGCCUCCGCCGCCACUGUGACCACCUCCGCCGCCACCGUGACCGCCACCGCCACCACCGUUGGCGCCAAGUGCUUCAAUCUUAUUAACAUACACGGCGGCAAUGAGCAAAAGGAUGAGUGUGGUGAUGAGUUUUUUAUUACGUGAAAAGCUUGCAGGGCUCUUCUUCAUCAUUUCUACACAAGAAUAAUUACUGUGGUAAUUAUUGAGAAAGAAUAUUAUUUUUUAAUUACAAGAUUUUUUUUUACGUGCGGUAAUUACAAGAAGAAUAUAAUUAAUUAACAAUAUUAAUCAACGAGUGCCUGAACGUGGUUCUCCCCGCUACUUAUAUAAGCAUGCAAUCCUGGAAUCCUGGGUUUUGAAUUCCUCUAUGUUAAGAUACUUUUAUUUUCCGAAUGGUUCUAAGCAUUUUUUAUAAUGAAUACUAAUUAAACUU